GGAGUUAGGACACAAUCAAUCGCUCUUCGCACCACGUCAGUAAUCAAUAUGAUCAUACGAGGCUUGCUAAGAGUACAAGCGCCAAAGAUCGCUGGACGGAGGAGUUUUCAAAUCGCGAGCCGUCCUAUGAGAGCGACUCGGAGAUACUCGACUGCAAACGCUCCACAGAUGGCUUCUUCAACGCCGCAGAGUCAGGCUUCAAUGCUCGCUACAAUAACAACGGAUCUGGACAGGAUUGCGCCAAAAUUUGAGAUGCACCCAGAGCAGAUUCAGAUCAUCCAGACACCUACAGAAUUCUACGAGACGCUAAAGGACAAAAUCUCAAAAGCCCAACGCCGCAUUUAUCUCAGCACCCUGUACAUCGGCAAAACCGAACAUGAGCUAAUAUCUACAAUCCGUGCCGCCCUCCUCGCCAACCCCAACCUUCACGUCUCCUUCCUCACUGAUGCGCUCCGUGGAACCAGAGAAACCCCGGACCCUUCAUCCGCAUCCCUACUAACACCCCUAAUCAGCGAGUUCGGCCCAGACAGAGUCGAGGUACGCAUGUACCACACGCCCAACCUCACCGGGCUCCGCAAGAAAUAUGUGCCAAAGAGGAUCAACGAGGGCUGGGGCUUGCAGCACAUGAAGCUGUACGGGGUAGACGAUGAGAUAAUCAUGUCGGGCGCGAAUCUGAGCUCAGACUACUUCAGCAACCGACAAGAUCGCUACCAUCUCUUCCGAAGCAAGGACCUCACAGACUAUUUCCACAAAGUCCACUCUGGCGUCGCAAAUCUGUCCUUUGACUUUCAACCUUCAGACGCCCCAGGAAGCGGCGGCUACAGCAUGACAUGGCCUUCAUCGAACCCCGCACCAUCACCGCUUGAAGCUCCAAGCAAGUUCAGAGACGCCGCGUCAAAGCACCUCUCCCACCUACUCACACCGUCGAACUCUCCCGCCGCCGUACCAAACACCUCAACAACGACAACAGUGUAUCCCGUCCUCUCCCUCGUCCCCCUCCUCAAAACCUCCACCGAACUCCCCGCCCUCACACAGAUCCUAACCUCCAUGGCAAAACCGCCCUUCCACCCCUGCACCUGGACCUUCACAGCGGGCUACUUCAACAUGACACCUUCCUUCCGCCGCCUCCUCUUAUCCACAAAACCCACCUCAGGCACAGUCUUAACCGCGCACCCCCACGCAAACGGCUUCUUCGGCUCAAAGGGCGUGAGCGGCAUGCUCCCAGACGCCUAUACCCACCUCGCCAAGAUGUUCCUGCGCAAAGUCCGCCACGAAGGCUUGUCAGAGCGCAUACAGCUACGUGAGUGGCAAAAAGGCGUUGUCGGCCAGAAAGAAGGGUGGACGUAUCAUGCCAAGGGGUUAUGGGUAACUUUCCCUUCCGCUGCGCCGCUGGAGUCUGCGGGGAUUGAGGAUCCAAGUCUUACCGUUGUGGGCUCGAGUAAUUACACUAAGCGCUCGUAUGAGCUCGAUUUGGAGGCUAAUGUUAUUAUUGCUACAUCUGACCCUGGCUUGAGGAGGAGGCUGGGUGAGGAGGUCAAGUGGCUGGGCGAGUAUGCUAAGCCGGUUGAUGAGAGUGAGUUUGAAAAGCCGGAUCGGAAGGUUAGCCUGAGUGUGAGGUUGAGUAUGUGGGUUGUACGGGUGCUUGGUGGGGCUUUGUGACAUGUACUUUAGGUAUAGUGGUCGGGGUGGUGAAGAAGAUGUAAGAUAGGAGUGUUUUGUUAUUAUACGAAGCAUAUGCACUCAAGAGAUUAGAUACAGAACACAAAUAUAGUAGUAGUAGUAGAAGACAUUUGAGAAUUGUUAUCAAGACAGUCAAGUCAAAUAGGGUAUCUUGUGCAGAAGUCAAAGUAAGGAAAACCCAAGAUCCAGCUCGCGCUACAAUUCAACCAGAAAGCCCCCGCUUGAUACCAUUUCCUUCUAGAAACGCCGUUUUAUUAAACCCUAAGGAAAUCUUUACUGGGGCGUUGCCCAGCAGUUCCGAGUUA